GCUGUCUGCACUGUGCGGAUUUGGGCUCUGUGAUUUUUAAAUGUGUAUGGUUAUAUUUGCUCCGAUUUUUGCCAUCUGUGCUUUUGCAACAUGUGGAGGAUACUAUGGUCAUCUCCAGGUUAAGGUGGACUGUGCAGACAGGAGGCAGAAUAACCGCAGCAUCAACAUUGAUUUCGGGUAUCCUUUCAGAUUACAGCAAGUGCAUUUUAAAGCUCCUUUGUGCAAAGAGAACAGAGAUGAGAUUAUUUUCCUGGAAGGUGACUUCUCCUCAGCUGCCCAAUACUUCACGACUGUGGGUGUCUUUGCUUUCCUGUACUCGCUGUUGGCAACGAUUGUCUAUGUCUUCUACCAGAACAAGUACUUGAAGAACAACAGAGGUCCACUUGUGGACUUUGUUGUUACGAUCAUCUUCUCCUUCAUGUGGUUGGUCAGCAGUUGUUGUUGGGCCAAAACUCUUUCUGAUAUAAAGACAGUCACCAACCCAACACAGGUGCUUCUUCUCAUCACUUCCUGCAGAGCUCAGGAAAACAAAUGCACAGCUACAGAGGAGCCUCUCUGGUCACGUCUUAACACAUCUGUGGUCUUUGGCUUUGUUAAUGUUGUCCUUUGGUCUGGGAAUAUUUGGUUUGUCUUCAAAGAGACGGGCUGGUACAAGACUGGACAGAGAUAUCCGACCAGGAGUGCGUCUGGGAAACGCUCCGGUUCAAUGCGACAGCGGCUCUACAGCGAGAGCAGCUUCGACCAGCCAGAGGAGAACUUUGCUCCCUCUCGACAAAACAGUUUCAAUCUGUCAAAGGGAGACUUUGAUCACCAGUUGCAGAGGCAAGCUAGCAUCAACCAGACACAGGUAAGCUUCAGCUUACCACAGACAUAUCUUGGUAAACCGGUAAUUUAUGACAGAGAAGAUAAAGUGGCUUCUCAAGGUCCGAUGAUAUUUGUCAAUGAGAUGUGACUUAGAGUUUGACCGUGCACAUGCACGUAGAGAACUGAAUGAAAAUUUGCUACUGCUGUUUUGAGUUUGUAAAAAUGACAUCAUUGCUGACUAAAUGUAAUGCUGAAGGGUUUGGAUCACAACAUAGUUUAUCCUCUACAUAAACUUAUACGCUCAUGAUUGCUCAAGAAUACUGUUUCUGAGAUCUCUGGGUCCUUUUGCAUGUUUUACUGUGCAUUUUCUAUUUUCCUUUUAU